AUGCCAUUGUCGUUCAAUUCGCUGCGGGGUACGAAGUCGAAUGCUUGUCUUGUGAUUUACUUUACGUUUUUUUAUUCAAUUCCUCGCCAUUGUUGUAUAGUUUUUGGGUUUACUAUUAACCUUCAUCAGUGAAUGUCAAAAUUUGAUUCUUGUAACUUUCGAAUAUUUGAUUGUUUAGGCCAACAGCGUUGGUUUGAUGAAGACCAAGUUAUUCUGAACGAUACAAUGGCCAGAGAACCUGUCAUUAUAAAUGUCUAUGAUAUGUAUUGGAUCAAUGGUUAUACAUCUUCACUCGGUAUAGGGGUGUUUCAUUCAGGAAUUGAAAUCUAUGGAACAGAAUACGCAUAUGGUGGCCACCCAUACCCGUUUUCAGGCAUAUUUGAAAUCACUCCCAGAGAUGCAGAAGAACUGGGAGAACAGUUUAAAUUCAAGCAAGUAAUUCACCUAGGUUACACAGAUUUCACUGAAGUGGAUGUUCAGCGUAUUGUAACAGAAUUGGGAAAAGAGUUUAGGGGAGACAAAUACCACUUAAUGAACAGAAACUGUAACCAUUUUUCAAGCGCAUUAACAGGAAUCUUGUGUGGAAAAGAAGUUCCAUCAUGGAUAAACAGGCUUGCAUACUGGAGCACAUGUAUACCCUUUUUGGAGAGAUGUUUGCCACAGGAAUGGUUAACCCCUGUUGCUCUGCAACAGACCAUAAACCAACGAAAUGAAAACGGUGGUGAACUUCAACCGAAAUAGGAGUCAACAAUCUCACGUAUGUCGCCCCUAAAUAUUUU